UUUCCCUUGUGAGGCCUCCAGUCGACGCCCAUCCAAUGGCAGAAAUGCCGCAGUGGCUUAUCAAUGCCCCCCUGCUGCAUGAUGGAGGAUGGUGCCAUCUCGGACUCGCCUCCUGAGCCUGGGACGGGUGGCCCCAGAGGCCUCUGGCACGAACUUGCUCCCCGAUUGGUUCCCUCAGCGGGUAGAGCGGGUGAAGCGUCUGAUCACGGGCCGCUCGACGGGGUCCGAGUCACCAAUUCCCUGUUCAGGGGUUGCCAAGACUACCCGCCGCUUGGGCGGAAGUUCCUUGAUUACUUCUUGUUGGUCCUCGGCUCACUUGUUUCCGUGUAGAUCGGGAUGGCUCAGGCGCUUCAGAAACGGGGCAAGCCAGCAUGCCGAAAGGGAUGAUUGGGUGAGAAGGAGGAGAGGGCCGGGCGCACUACGGCGAGCUGUUGGUGUUGCACGCGUGCAAUCUCCGUUAGUCUCGCUGUUGCGGGAUCAUAAGACGUUCAUGGCGGCAUCUUGAGCUCUCUGAAUGGCUCAAAAGGUUCCUGGCUGUGACGAUCAACAUGUGCGGGCGCAGCGUCGAGCUUCAUCACGGUCAGACGAAAGAGCUAAUACUGCCGGAAACUCCCGUCCCCCGUGCUGUCUGACCAACUGGAGAUCAUGCAUUUUGCGUGAACAGCCCAACAGCCAUCAAGACCUGCCUCAUAUGGCAUCUCGAGGACUCUGCCUUGCCAGCGAGUGACGUGGAUCCCUGAUGAUGUGCGAGAAGAUGAAGCGAGGAG